AUGACAUCUGAGACCCCAUCACCCCCUACUCAGACCGAAGAAACCAAAACCAAAAUAUCGUUCAUCGAAAGAUUACUUCGUCUAUAUCCCAUUCAAGGUAACCAUCAUCUACCGCUUCCCACCACCCAAAGAGCAUCGCCAUCACAGAAUGUACGACAAGUAACUCCAGUGGAUAUUCGAGCUCUAGAAGCCUUCUUAGGACCAAUUGGUCGUCCGAGACGAUCAAGUAUCAUACAGCGAAGAGAUGCCCUUCAGCCUACGAUGACCGAUAUCGAAUCCCAAUCUCAACCUCAUCCUCCUACCCAAUGGAGCAAACCCACCAUCAGAGCCAGCCCUCGUCGAAUAGUUUACCUGUCUAUCCUGUUAGGGAUGAUAGCAGGAUGGGUAAUAUUCAUCCAUCAAAUGACUAAAUUAUCCAAGUCAAAAAAAGAUGAAGAGGAGAAAGAUAAAAGUGGAGUAGAUACGUUGAUAAUGGUAGGAGAUGGGUGUUUUAUCUUAAUACUAUUAACGAAUUUAUUCUUCAUCCUCCGCCAUUCCCUUAAAAUCUACGCUCAUUUCCGUCCUCCAACCUCCCCCUCUCCUUCACCCAGUCCACCAGAAAACAUGACCGAAGCGCCAUGGACUCUUCCCCCUUUACCUACCUACGUUGACGCAGUAGGUAGGCGCCAACGUACGGGUGAUGUGGAAGAUCGGUAUAUCGCGGGUGAAUGUCCGCCUAAAUACGGGGAUGAGAGAGGUAGUAAGUUGUUAUUGAGAAGCAUUAGUAGAAUGGGCGAAGAUCAAGAUCUAGAUGGAAGACAGGGUAGGAUGGAAGUGAUUACUCAGGGUGUGGGGCAAGAUAAUGUUCAAAAUCAAAACCAAAACCAAAACCAAAAUCAACACGAUGGACGAGGAUUGGAAACCCAACUUGAUAAUGAUGAUACCCAAAUUUCAAAUCAUAGAGUUGAGUCUAUAAAUUUUAGAGGAGUUUCUGAAUAA